GGUGAGGUCCCCGCGCUUGCGCAGUUGGCGCGGAAACGCGGCGCAGACGGCGGUAGGGACGGUGGGGCGGCUGGAGGUAGUAGCGAUGGCGCUAGCAGUGGGCGAAGGCGGCGGGAGCCGGCUACGGCGGCAGCUGGAGUCGGGGGGCUUUGCGGCUGGAGAGUAUGUGAAGCAGCUGUCGCAGCAGUCAGACGGGGACCGGGACUUGCAGGAACACCGGCAGCGCAUUCAGGCGCUGAGCGAGGAGACGGCCCAGAGCCUGAAGCGCAAUGUCUACCAGAACUACCGGCAAUUCAUUGAGACGGCGCGGGAGAUCAGCUACUUGGAAAGCGAGAUGUACCAGCUCAGCCACAUCCUCACUGAGCAGAAGGGCAUCAUGGAGGCCGUCACUCAGGCCCUGCUUCUCCAGGCCGACCGCGACGACCCCACCCUGGGCGCCCGCCGCGCCGCCGCCGCCGACCCGUUCCUGCCGCUGUCAGCCAAGGAGGCAGCAGCCAGCGAGGAGGGACGGCAGCGCACGCUUACCACCCUUCUGGAGAAAGUGGAAGGCUGCCGCGACCUUCUACCUGAGAGCCCCGGCAAGUACCUGGUCUACAACGGCGAUCUGGUGGAGUACGAUGCCGACCACAUGGCCCAGAUCCAGCGGGUGCACGCCUUCCUUAUGAACGACUGCCUGCUUGUGGCCACUGCCUUGCCCAACCGCCGCGGCGCCUACCGCUACGACGCACUCUACCCCCUCGACGGGCUGGCUGUGGUCAACGUUAAGGACAACCCGCCCAUGAAGGACAUGUUCAAACUGCUUAUGUUCCCUGAGAGCCGCAUCUUCCAGGCCGAGAAUGCCAAGAUUAAGAAGGAGUGGCUGGAGGUGCUGGAGGAGACUAAGCGCAACCGGGCCCUCAGUGAGAAGCGACGCCUGGAACAGGAGGCUUUACCCCGGCCUGCCCCGACACCUCCUGAAUCCACCAACCCCUUUGAGGAGGAUGAGGAUGAGGAAAAAGAAGAGCCUUCUACUGAGGAAGAGGUGGUUGACCUUUCACUGGAGUGGAUCCAGGAGCUGCCUGAGGACCUGGAUGUCUGCAUUGCUCAGCGGGACUUUGAGGGGGCAGUGGACCUCUUGGAUAAACUCAACGAAUACCUGGGGGAUAAGCCUGUGAGCCAGCCCGUGAAGGAGCUGCGGGCCAAGGUGGAUGAGAGGGUACGGCAGCUUACAGAUGUGCUGGUGUUUGAGCUGUCCCCAGACCGCUCACUGCGGGGAGGGCCACGGGCCACCCGCCGAGCCGUGUCCCAGCUCAUUCGCUUGGGUCAGUCCACCAAGGCCUGUGAGCUCUUCCUGAAGAACCGGGCAGCUGCGGUGCAGACAGCCAUCCGACAGCUGCGUAUUGAGGGUGCCACGCUGCUGUACAUCCACAAGCUCUGCCACGUCUUCUUCACCAGCCUUCUAGAGACAGCAAAAGAGUUUGAGACAGACUUCGCCGGCAACAAUGGCUGCUACUCGGCAUUUGUUGUCUGGGCCCGCUCUUCCAUGAAGAUGUUUGUGGAUGCCUUCAGUAAGCAAGUAUUUGAUAGUAAAGAGAGCUUGUCAACCGCAGCAGAAUGUGUCAAGGUAGCUAAAGAGCACUGCAAGCAGCUUAGCGAGAUUGGACUGGAUCUCACCUUCAUCAUUCAUGCCCUUCUGGUAAAGGAUAUCAAAGGUGCUUUACAGAGCUACAAGGAUAUCAUCAUCGAGGCCACCAAGCACCGCAACUCUGAGGAGAUGUGGAGAAAGAUGAACCUAAUGACCCCAGAGGCACUUGGGAAACUCAGGGAGGAGAUGAGGAGCUGCGGUGUGGGCAAUUUUGACCAAUAUACAGGUGAUGACUGCUGGGUCAACCUUAGUUACACUGUAGUAGCUUUCACUAAGCAGACUAUGGCCUUCUUGGAGGAAGCAUUAAAGCUUUACUUUCCUGAACUGCAUAUGGUUCUUUUGGAGAGUCUCGUGGAAAUCAUCCUGGUGGCUGUCCAGCAUGUGGAUUAUAGCUUACGCUGUGAACAGGACCCUGAGAAGAAAGCAUUCAUUAGGCAGAAUGCAUCCUUCCUGUAUGAAACUGUCCUUCCUGUUGUGGAAAAAAGAUUUGAGGAAGGAGUUGGAAAGCCAGCCAAGCAGCUACAGGAUCUGAGAAAUGCUUCAAGAUUGAUGCGUGUAAAUCCAGAAAGCACCACCUCUGUGGUAUGAAGUGACCUAACUGUUCUUAAGAACAGAAUGUGAAAGCACUUAAUGAAAAUGUUGUACAUUGAAUAUAUGAACUAAAUGUUUUUCUUGAUUCCCUGAAAUUUGCAGAAGUCUAACUGCUGCAUUUCAGAAGAUGAAGACUUACAAUCAAAGCCUGCAAGGAUGCAAUGCUUUUCUUGAUGGACAGGGGGUAGGAGAGUGAGGAAUGAAGUCAAGGUCACAUCCUUGGAGAGCAUAUCCUGUAAGAAUGGUUUAUGUAGGGUUAGUAACUUGGAAAAUCUAUAAUACACAAUUUCUGGUCAAAACUUUGUGAAAGUCUUAAAUAUAUGUACAUCAUAGCAGAAGAUAAUUUUGCAUUGUGUCACUCUAGGAUUCUUUUUUUAAGGCAGUGUUCUCAUAGAAAGGAAAGUGCUGAAGUGCUCUGAGGGUGUGGUAGUCAAUGAGGCAUGUCCACCAUCCAGAUGUGACUCAGCACUGCGGAAAAGCAACAUGGAUUUGCAUGGUCUGAUUUGUUUGGUAGCAAGGUAGACUCUCCACUAUCUCCAGCAUUCAAAUUCUUUCCAUUCAUUCAAUUUAUUGUGUUUUUUUGGUACAGGUUUUUUGUGUUUGGUUGAAAGGGCUGCUAUUUAAGCUGGCCUGUCAUCUUAAAUUACAGUGCUCUCAGAUCAAACUUUCUGCUGUCAGAAACAUUUGUUCCUUUCAGAGGAGAAUUGAGAUUAAUCUUCUCUUCACCUUUUGUGUUCCUCUUCCUUGUUUUCUCAUGGACUUCAUUGAAGGCAAGUCCACUUGGUGAAGUAUACAUUCUUGCUUGAGGUGCUGUCCUAAAUGCAUUAUGGGCCAUUACUGACAGAAACCAUAGAGAAGAGGCAUAAAUGCUGUUGAGAUCUACUGGGCAGGGAGAGGGUCUGAAGUUACUUUUCCAUUUGGAAGGAACAGAAUGUUAGUUUUUCUGUACAGAAGCAUGGCAGAAUAGAGAGACCAGGAGUGAGGCUUUUUGUAAAUGAUGCAGUCUUCAAAAUGCACAGCCUUCCAGGUAAAUAUUAGUAUUGUUUCCUAUAUUUCAGCAAUAACCAAGAAUAAUUCUCCUUUUAGCAGAAAACACAAGGACUGUAUUUGGUUGGGAACUCUGAUAUAGAUGGGGGAACAUUAUGCAAAUGCUUGUAUGUUUGGAUUGAGUGGUGAUGGCUGUCUUGUUUAAUACUUGUCUCUGAAAAUAAAAUAAGCCAAGUCUUGUGUAGAGGCUGGCUUUAGUGUCAGCAUCAUCUUCUAAGCCAUGUAAACUUAUUCCUCUUUGCUGCAGGCUUUCUUAGUUGUGAGAAAUUCAUGUGUUGUGGUUUGAUCCCAACCAGGUGGCAGCAAAGCACCAUGCAGCU